UUAACUUUGUUUGUUGUUUAUUUUCGUGUGUUUUUCUCUAGGAAACCAUAAUUAAAGAUGGAUAUAUCAUUAAAACAUGCGGUGUCUAAUGUAAUACUGUCCCGCGAGACGUGCACUCUGUGCUUCAAGCGAGUGGACAGCGACGCGGUGGAUGUCGACGAUAUUAUUCUCCUGAAAGUUAAUCAUGAACACAUCAGUGUCUCUUUCAAGAAAAUGAUCGCUUCGUUGCUCGGUGGGGACGAAUCAAACGCAACAUUGACCAGCAAACUAUGUGGGCUGUGCACCAUUAGUGCAGUCAACUGCUACAACUUCAUCUCAGAGUGCCAGCAAGCUCGGAAAGCUAUGUCAGAAACUCUAGAUAAGAUUUCUACAUGUUUAGACGACCCCUCCAUUGAGGGAGACCUCAUGAGGUCCCUCUACGUGGCUGUAGAUGGUGAGGGUGAGGCCCAGAAGUAUCAUGACACGUAUAACACCACUGACUCAUUGACUACGGCUCUUAAGAGGUUUAAAGCUCUAGAAAGAAAGUCAUGGAAAAAGAAAAUAGAAGAAAUUGAAGAUUAUUUCAGUGUAGACAGUGAAGAAUAUGACUCUGAUAAUUAUAAUGACCUUUUAAUUCGCAUAGGUGACAAGGUUGUAACAUGUAAUGUGUGUAAUUCUAAAUUUUCAAGCAGAAAACAUCUUCAAAAUCAUUAUUUUAGAAGCCAUGCACCCAAAGUGUUCAACUGUGACGAAUGUCCCAAAGCUUUUGCAAAACCAGAGCUAUUGAAGAAACACUAUGACUUCCAUCACCUGGUCAGUUCGCCGAGCAUCUGUGAUGUUUGUGGAAAAUCUUUCAACAAUCAAAGACAACUAGCACGUCACAAGCGCCAGCAGCACAGCGGUGGUGGGAAGUGUCCGAAUUGCAUGAAAUACUUCAGCAGAGACUCCCACUUACGACGACACAUCAAGUCGAGGUACUGCCUCGGCGGGGAGGAGGCUGUUAAAAAAAACUUCUUCUGUGAUACGUGCGGCAAGGGCUACCGGUCCAAGAGCUACUUGAUGCACCACAUCAUAGCCGUUCACAGACCAAACGAGAAAGUCAAAGGCCACAUCUGUCAGGUGUGCGACCGAGUCUGGGCCAGCCCGAGCGCACUGAAGCACCACAUGCUUUUACACACAAAGGAGAAAAAGUUUAGUUGUGAAACCUGUGGAGGAAAGUUUGGGACAAACCAAUCUCUGAUAUGGCACACGAGACUCCACACAGGGGAAACUCCAUACCAGUGCCGGUUCUGUGACAAGAAGUUUAUAAAUACUUCUAGAAGAGCACAGCAUGUGAGGAUCCAUCAUGACGAAGAGCCAACCAAGGAGUGUGACUUGUGCGGAAGUAAAUUCAGAGCAACUAAUGAUUUGAAAAGACACAGAAGAAGACAUUUGCAACCAACCAGCAGGAUUUAUUUAGGACCCGGUGCUGAAUAGUUAGAUUAACAAAUGAUGUAAUUAAUGCCUAGUAAACUGAUAUUGAAAAUUUCCGUUUGAAAAAUGUUGUUUUUCUAUUCUUUCUUAUCUAAUUAGCUCAGUAAAUAGCAGCAAUAAAGUUGACUAUACUACCCUAUAAAAUAAAUAGGCUGUGAAGCACACAUCUA